UAAAUUUACUGACAUUCUAUCUAAAAGAGUUAUCUUUAAACACUCUACAUUAUCAUUUUAAAAUGUUAAUAGAAACCGUUGAUUUAAUGCAACUAUUUAGGUAAAUGUUUUCUCUCUACAUUUUCCAGAGCUACUCGAACGCUGACAUGUAAAACCACUCGGCCAUGAAAAUGCUCCUGUCUCUUUAAAUAUUCUUGCAGUAAUUCUUUCAGUGUGCAUAUGCCCAUUAAAAAGCCAUAGAGCUUCAAGUCAUCCACACAAACACAGAAGGGGAAAAAACUUCCCUAGGAUUUUGAACAAUACAGCAGCAGCUUCCUGGAUUUUACACCUGCAGAGAGAGAGAGAGACGGGCUGAGCUGAGUUCAGAAGACAGAGUCCGGCUGGAGGAGCCAACUGCAUCUUUUCCCCCGCUUGGUUUUACUUUAUUUUGAUUAUUAGUUUUUGCAUUGCUUUUCUCUAAACAUCAUUUUGUCAUUUUUUAUCUCACCGUCGUUUGUAACUAUGCUUUUGCACAUCUUUUGCAUGGUGUGGGCUUCAUCUGUCAUUUUUCUGCAAGGCAGGUCUGUGCUCUGUAAGGAGAUGAAGCUCCCCAGCAGAGCAGCCAAAGCUCCCUCUCCAUCUGACUUUCUGGACAAACUGAUGGGACGCACAUCUGGCUACGACGCUCGCAUCCGACCCAACUUCAAAGGUCCUCCCGUCAACGUCACCUGCAACAUCUUCAUCAACAGCUUCGGCUCCAUCACUGAAACCACAAUGGACUACCGCCUCAAUGUAUUUCUUCGGCAGCAGUGGAACGACCCUCGGCUGGCGUAUAAGGAAUAUCCAGAUGACUCUCUAGACCUGGACCCUUCCAUGCUGGACUCCAUUUGGAAACCCGACCUGUUCUUUGCAAAUGAAAAGGGAGCAAACUUCCAUGAGGUUACGACAGACAACAAACUGCUUCGGAUAUUUCAGAAUGGAAAUGUCCUCUACAGCAUCAGGCUGACGCUCACUCUUUCCUGCCCCAUGGAUCUCAAGAACUUCCCCAUGGACAGCCAGACAUGCACCAUGCAACUUGAAAGCUUCGGCUACACCAUGAAUGAUCUCAUUUUUGAAUGGCUGGAUGUGGGAGCGGUGCAAGUGGCUGACGACCUGAUGCUUCCCCAGUUUGUGCUGAGGGAGGAGAAAGGCCUGAGCUACUGCACCAAGCACUACAACACAGGUAAAUUUACUUGCAUUGAGGUCAAGUUCCACUUGGAGCGUCAGAUGGGCUACUACCUGAUCCAGAUGUACAUACCGAGCCUGCUCACCGUCAUCCUGUCCUGGGUGUCGUUUUGGAUCAACAUGGACGCGGCGCCGGCCAGAGUGGGACUUGGCAUCACCACGGUGCUCACCAUGACAACGCAGAGCUCUGGCUCCAGGGCCUCGCUGCCAAAGGUGUCCUAUGUGAAAGCCAUAGACAUCUGGAUGGCCGUGUGCCUUCUCUUCGUGUUCGCCGCACUGCUGGAGUACGCGGCGGUUAAUUUCGUUUCGCGCCAGCACAAGGAGUUCUUCAGACGCAGGAAGAAGCUCAAAGAGCAGCAGCGGCAGAGGACACGAGAAAGUGGCGACAGUAAGGUGUCAGGCAACAACGCUCCUCUCGGGAACACGACCCAGAAGUGCAGCGUCUGCGCCAGGGAGGAGGAGGACUUAGCCCAGCAGCGUCUGCUCCUGCAGAGUUAUGGAUUUGCAAUGACGGGAGGUGCACCGGAAAUGGAUGCAACGCCGGUCUUCGCCGAUCUACCUCCUGGUUUAGGGUUCUACGACAUACGAAGGCGCUUUGUGGAUCGGGCGAAAAGGAUCGAUACCAUCUCCAGAGCGGUUUUCCCCAUGAGUUUCCUCAUAUUUAACGUCCUGUACUGGCUCACCUACAAAGUGGUGAGACAGGAAGACGUUCAGGCGACACUGUGACGAUUGGGAAGCGGGGACUGGAUUUCUUCAGAUCUGCUCUCAGAAACGUUCACACGCUGAGGGUCUUCAGCUGAGCUGUGCGAGAUGCGUUUUGACUGCAUGUCCGGUGCCACAGGGAGAUUCCAUGACAUGGAAGAGCCCAGGGCUUUCCUUAAAACUUUAAUACUUCCAAAGCAAUGCACUCUCCAUCAGCACUGAUAGUUUAUACAUGACAUGCGAGUGUACAUUUGGCAGGUUCAGUUUCUUAAAUCACGCUGUUCUGCAAAGAGUGUAGAUUCAGUUACUGUGCUGCAGCUUCACAUGUACAGUAUUUAUAACACAUCCUGGCUUGGCCUCUAUUUUUCUUGUUGUGUAUAAACAUCAAGAGCUCUGUUGUGUUCCCUGCCCUAACUAUACUCCACAUGCAGUAAUGCUGCACGAAUGAUUUCUAUGCUGCAGCUGCUGUGUGUAGGUAUAGAGUGUAUGAGCUAAUAUUAAAUGUACUGAUACUGUAUGCAUUCUGCCAAUUGCUUGGCACACUUUGACAAAUAUAACAUAUAUAUUUCAUACACCUCUCACCUCUCUCAGCCAUUUCAGAUCUAGUUUCAAACCUGCAUAUUGGCCAAAAAUUUCUAUAUUUAAUCACCUUCGCUCAAUACAAAUUAAUAUAUGAAUCAUUACCAAUUUUUUUCAGAAUUUCAUUAGGGUAUUACUAGAUGACAGCUUCUAGAGAUUAGUGUAUAGUGGUUUUCGAAUUAUAUUAAAAAUCAAUAUAACCAUGCAUGUCUCAUUUUUUAUAAUAAAUAGAAUUUGAAAUAUGCGAAAAUCUAACCUUAAAUGAAGUUAUG